GACGUCAUAUGGGAAGCCGUUGGUUUCCAGCCAGGGAUCAGCCCGCUGUUACUCAUGUAGAGACCUAGGAAGUUGUCCCAACGCCGAAACCUUUUUUCUUUUGCCUUUACAACAGUAGUUUUUUCUCCUUUGUGAGUUCCCGUGUAAUAUUUUAGCCCAAACAUCUAAGCAACACCAUGGCUUUCAUCCCAGGACAGCCAGUGACUGCUGUUGUGCAACGAAUUGAGAUCCAGAAGCUGCGGCAGGGCGAUAAUCUGAUCCUGGGCUUCAGCAUCGGAGGAGGGAUAGACCAGGACCCUGGGCAGAACCCCUUUUCUGAGGACAAGACUGACAAAGGUAUCUAUGUGACCAGGAUAACACCAGGAGGACCUGCAGACGCGGCAGGCUUGAUGAUGGGAGACAAAAUAAUGCAGGUGAACGGCUGGGAUAUGACCAUGGUGACCCAUGACCAAGCUCGUAGAACACUAACAAAGAAGAAGGAGGAUGUGGUGCGACUACUGGUAACCAGAAAGUCGUUGGAGGAAGCUGUCAAACAAUCUAUGAGUUACCCCAGACAGUAACACAAUGGCACUACACUAGCAAUGCAAUAACCAAGGACUGAACACGCUCGCGUACUGGAGCUCCCACAGAUUCAGACGAUGGUUGCACCGUGGCCUUUAUAACCAUGUUAAUGCAAAAAUUCCACACCGACCACAUCAGAUAGUUUAGGUGACAUAUCCAGAUGCCUGAAGUCAGUUCUUACUCAUUCUGAUCAGUCAUUUGAUAAUGAGAGGGUGCUCUACUUGUACAUACACAAACUCAUCUCAAAGCCAUCUGCUUUACUUUUUAUACAUAUCUGUAGCAUAUCCAUAUGUAACUAGGAGAAGUGAAUUUGUGCCGCAUUCCCAAACGUUUUCAACUCCACUUGAUCCAGUCUGACUAAUUUUGAGAAAUAUCAACAUUUUUGCACAUUUAAAAUGUUGCUGUACGUACCUUUCCUAAAAUGGUGUACGUAUAUCUCUCUGUUAUACACAGUUUUUAAAUAGAGUAGAACAUUCUUGAUUCAUUCCCACUUAGCAGAUAUUCCUAAAUCCAUAGGAGGUUCUUUGGGAGCAAUCAUAGUCUUUCUUAAUCCAAGGUACAGUAAAGCUUUGUCAAACACUUCCAUUAUCCUUUUUGCCCAACAACUGACCAAAGAUUGACUGAAAGUUUGUUGCUGUUUAUUUUGUCCUUUAUGGUCAGAAUUUCAUCUCAUUUAAAUAAAAAAAAAAAAUCACUUUGCUGUCAAUAUUACAGCAUCAAAUGCCAAAGUAAAAGCCAAGGCAAGAUUAAGUGAUCAAAAUAUGUAAAACAGUAUUUGCCUCAGAAAAAUAAUGCAUAUACAGUGUACUGUACAAAGUCUUUUUUUUUUUUUUUUUUUUACCAGUAUACACUUUCUUUAUUGCAUACUAAUUUCCACUAAUUAAUCCUUCACUGAUGCAUAUUUCUGUUCUGUUUAUCUAGUUUUUUGUUGAUGUCCCUUACAUGUGUGGCAAAGUUACAUCCUCUCUCUGUGUCUGCUAAAAUAACAACACUGUUAAAAAUACAUACUUUCUUCCAAGUUUUUCCCAGGUCCCAUAUGAACAAUACUCCACAAGCUGGACCCACAAUCAGGUGACACCUGUCCUAUCUUUUUCCGUAUACGUAACAUUAAUCACCUUUAUCAGGUUUAGCAAGAGAAAGUUGGUAACUUGCUGUUUUGAUGCAAACAAACCCACUAGUUUCACACUGGAAUCAGCUACAUUCAAACUGUAAAAUGUUUUGAACUUGUUUAUUGUCAGUGACCAAACGUCCAAGUUAAAACUGUAAACCUGAGCCCAGCAGGAGUGAAUGUUGUUUGAUAACUCUUGAGUGCACAACAGCUUUAGACAAAUACUUAAAACCACUAUGUUAAAUAAUACAUAUUUGUUUCUAUUUUCCAGUCCUCCUUUUCUGCAAUACUAGGAUGAUUUAUUGUCUCAUCAUAACAUCACAGUUGAGUGAUUUAGUAUUAAUCAUUAACAAUAUUUUGGCUUUGAAAUAUUACAGUUCUGAAAUUGAUAUUACAACACUAAUCUUAUAUCUUAUAUCUGGGAUCUUAUUGGCUCUUAUUUAGUGCUAGUGGUAUAAAAAUAUGUUUUAUCUGCAUACUAUAUAUAUAUAUAUAUAUAUAUAUAUUAACAACUUAACCGAAUAAUUCAGAUUGUAAAAUGUAAGAUUUCAUUCCAAAAUGAAACAGAGGCAGCAUUAUACUGAUAUCACAGUAAAUUAAUAUUAAAGGUACAGUCUGCCGAAAACAUGUCUCAUAAUGUGUUCUAAGGAAUAAAAAUAUUAAAUUGGUGGAGUCACUUUUGACAACAUAUCAUUUUGGAAUGAAACCUUUUGAUACCCUACACCAGCGGUUGCCAAACAUUUUUUGUGAGCCCUUAAAAUGACGCUUUACCACCUCUUCGCUGACCUUAGUAUUUACAGAAAUUAUGAAAAGUUCAAUCAGAGACUGAUUUUUUUUUUUUUUUUUCAUAAUCAAUGAUUUUUAGAAGGCCUAACAAGGGGAAAGUAUAUAGUAUUUUGCAGGGAAAAGCAAAACUUUGAGUAAAGAGUUAUUGUUGGACCCUUUGGGGGCUCUAACCCAAAGGUUACAGCAGUUUUACUACAGUGGUACAUUUUGAAAUGAGUGUAAUGUAAGACAAAUCAUUUACAGUAUUCUCUAAUUGAAUUAUGUCUGUCCGCCUCCAUGUUUUGUACAUGUAAACUGCCAGCAGAGCCGUUCAGCAUUUGGCUGUAUACACUUUCUUCUAUGAAUGUUUCUCAGAUAUAAAAAGACUGAAAACUA